AUGGCCCUGACGGGUGUGUACAAUGGACGCUACUUUGAUCAUCUCUGCCUUACCAACUUGAUACCGCGCUUCGUGUACCGCGCGCUGCGGGAGGACGAGGAUACCCUGGCGGGCUUGCGGGCACGGGAUCCCUGUGCUAAUCGAAGCAUCAUGGAGGCUUUAGAGGAGGGAUCGGUGUCAAACCAGUACUUGCACACGACCGUCUCACCGUUUGUGGCCCUCUACUACGCAGAGGCGUUCGGCAGAAACUCGAAGCGCCAGAUCGUGGAGAUCGAUCUUCAGGGUUUCUCUGGACAGGUCGUUGACGUCUCAAACUCCCAAGCUUGCCAUCGGCAUGGAGUGAAGCAUGGUACCAAGGCAUACAAUUUUGCUGUGAAGCACCAAGUUGUGAUGCUUUCAGGCUACAUCCAUCCCUCUCGCCUGGGCAAGAAAGUGCUGGCGACUUCAGACUUGCAUGGUCUCCCUAAGGGGUCGUCGUGUGAUGAUUUUGUAUCGACACUCCCGUACAGUGUUCAAAGAGAGCUCAACAACUGGAGACCGGGGCCGCCAGGGGCUACGUGCAGAAAGCCUGAGGUGUACGGCUCUCAGCCGCAGUCGGUGUGUAGCGAUGAUGCCGCCCAGGAUGCAGUGUUGAAGCAGGCGGCGGAAGACCUCCACAAGGACAUUGCAAGCAUGCAAGCCAAGAUUGUGAAGUUGCAAGCCAGAAAGACCCUCCUUGACUCCAUAUCGCGGCCGAUCCUUGAACGAGCUGAGCGAGAAGCUCGCAGGAAGGAGGAGGAACGCCAACGAAAGCUUGAAGAAGAGCGGCUUGAGCAAGAGCGCCUGGCAAGCGUGAAGCGAAAGCGGGAGGAGGAGGAGCGCCAGGAAGAGGCGCGACGCGAGGAGCAGAGACGAAAGCGGCAAAGGCGAGAGGCGGAAGAGAGCCGAGGCACGAGGAUCUCCGCCCAGUCCUGCAAUGUCCAGGACCAUGUGCUUGAAAAUUUUGACAGGCAGGCGCUUCAUGUGGCUCUUGGAAAUAGUAGCUACAUCAUGCUCUGGGACUAUGCCAAGGGCCAGUCGUGGAAAGGCAUUCCGCAAGAGCUCUUCAACAAGCUAAAUGGGCGUGGAUAUCGUCAGUCGCAUGCAGUACUGGCGGCUUUGUGUCCUGAUUCGCACCAAACCUACUACGUGCAGUUCAAGGACGGGAGUUCUCAGUGGAGUGGGCCGGGCAGUUUUACGGAGGCCGUGCAAGACUCCGGCCGCCGUUCGUUUGUUGCUUUCGGGCCGAGGGGCUCAUGGUUCGUUGCGUGGGAAGGUGGCGCCUGGCGACACAAUGGGCUGCCGAGAAGUUUGCAGAACAUGCUCAACUCGAAUAGACAUCGCUCUGUCGCUUUCCUCAGCAUAUCUGGCAUAGACCAUCACAUGGACGAUGAUUUUGAUCGAAUCGAUUGCGACUUCGACAGGGAUGUAGAUGACGCAGCGUGGUUUGUCCGCUGGGCCGACGAAAAGCAUCCGGCGUGGAAGCUAUCGAAUGCCCCUCAGUCGCUCUCAGAUAAAAUUCAGGAAGUCCAGGAAAGGGGUGGCAAAGUGCGCAGCGUUGAGUUUGGACGAUACGAGAACUGGGUUCUUCGCUAUUCAGACUAG